CGUGGCCUUAGUUAUCUAGACGAAACAUAGUCAGAUAAAAAGGAUUAGUAGAACGAACGAGGAGAGGCCUUGUUGAUUCGAAAUCGACCAUCCAAAUCCGAGCCGUAAUCCUUCGCAUUUCCUGGAGCGCUAUCUUCAUCUGUCCGCGUCGCGCGGGAGAUUUGUUCAGAUGACGGGGGCGGCGGACAAGGCCGAGCUAGGGUUCGAGGAGGAUGAUGAUAUGGCGGCCGGCACGCCGCCGCCGGCCAGGAAGAUGCAGUCGCUCGACUUCGAGCACAUCGGCUCGCUCGCGGCGGUGGCGGAGUCGCUCUCGCCCCGGAGCAAGUGGCGGAUGGCGCUCAGGAGCAUACGCAUCGUCAUCUUCCAGGCCAAGAUCAAUGUGCUCCUGCCCUUCGGGCCCCUCGCCAUCACGCUUCACUACCUCUCCGGGAACCACCAAGGAUGGGUUUUCCUUUUCAGCUUAGUUGGUAUCACGCCCUUGGCCGAGAGAUUGGGAUAUGCAACUGAGCAACUUGCUUGCUACACUGGCCCAACAAUUGGGGGGCUUCUAAAUGCUACUUUUGGAAAUGCGACAGAGAUGAUUAUCUCGAUAUAUGCACUGAAAAACGGAAUGAUUCGUGUCGUACAGCAGUCACUACUAGGCUCUAUAUUAUCAAACAUGCUGUUAGUUCUUGGGUGUGCUUUCUUUGCUGGUGGGCUUGCUCAUCCUAAUAGAGAUCAGGUCUUCAAUAAGGCAUCAGCUGUUGUGAACUCUGGGUUGUUGUUGAUGGCUGUCUUGGGUCUAAUGUUUCCAGCGGUGCUUCACUUUACACAUUCUGAAGCGCACUAUGGAAAAUCCGAAGUUUCUCUUUCAAGGUUUAGUAGCUGCAUAAUGCUUGUGGCUUAUGCUAGCUAUCUAUUUUUUCAACUCAAGAGCCAGCGCAGUCUGUACAGCCCAAUUGGCGAAUCUGCACAAGGAAAAGGAAACAAACCAAUACAUGCCUUGUCGCUUCAAGCAUGCCUUUCAACAGAAAUCGAUGAGGAAGAAGAAAGCACUGAGGAUGAGGAGGAUGAAAAGGAGAUAGCACAGGGGGAAGCUAUCUCCUGGCUUUUUGUGUUGACUAUUUGGAUUUCAAUUCUCUCUGGGUACCUGGUAGAUGCCAUACAGGGGGCCUCUGAAUCAUUAAACAUGCCACUGGCCUUUAUUAGUGUUAUUCUGCUUCCUAUCGUGGGGAAUGCUGCUGAGCAUGCAAGCGCCAUUAUGUUUGCCAUGAAAAACAAACUUGACAUUACAUUGGGUGUCGCCAUAGGGUCGUCAACACAGAUAUCUAUGUUUGUGAUUCCAUUCUGUGUGGUAAUUGGCUGGAUGAUGGGGGAAGAGAUGGACUUGAACUUUCAAUUGUUUGAGACAGCAACUCUUUUUAUAACAGUACUUGUGGUGGCAUUUAUGCUACAGGAAGGCACGUCGAACUAUUUUAAAGGCCUUAUGCUCAUAUUAUGCUAUCUCAUAGUUGCCGCAAGCUUUUUUGUGCACGUUGAUCCCAAAUCAACAGGUGACAACAAAUGACAAGUUCCCAACAGAACUGUGAAGUGAUAGGGAAGGCUACUAUCAGAAUUGCAGAUUUAGCAUGUAGCAAUGUAGCACCCGCGGAUUCCUGAGUUUGAAGAACUUGCUGGUAGCAGCAUCCCACAUUAAGGCUUUAAGUUUCAGCUUGAAAUCACAAGGCGCUGAUGCGGCUUUUUUAAGAUAGCAACGGCAUCACCCUUCGAGAAACUGUAACUAUAUGGAAUAGCGCACGAGGACCACUAGUCUGUAUUUGCUGUAAGCUACACCUGGUUGCAGUUUUGAUGAUGUUGUUACAGUUUGCAAAGGAACUGACUACACUCUGCAGUCCAAGGGACACUGGUAGUUAUGUAAAUGUUCUAUCACCGAAUAUAAUAUGGAAUGGAUUUGUUAUGUCA